UUAUCUGACCUGUCACAGUCAAUUCCCUUUUUAUUGGACUGGCAAUUAAGAAAGGAAGACGCAAGGUGGAAGAUUCAGAAAAUAUAGGCCCUCCGGGCGUCGUUUUUGGUCUCUAUCUUCGCCAGUUCCCUCGAAGAAAGCGAGGGAGAAGAAAGGCAAUGGAGACGUGGUGCAGGCAGCUGCUGCAGAUGCUGGCGGCCGUGGUCUUCUUCCACGCUUCCGAGUACGCCCUCGCCGUCCGAUUCCACGGCCGGCACAGAGUGAACGCUUCAUCACUUUUAAUCAGCAAGCAAUAUCUUCUUGCAAUGAUUUGUGCAUUAAUCGAGUACGUGGCAGAGCUUAUGUUAUUUCGAGAACUAAAGGAACAAUGGUGGGUGAGCAAUCUAGGCCUUGCACUGGUUGUGAUCGGGGAGCUCAUUCGUAAAGUUGCUGUUAUAACUGCUGGCAAUGCUUUCACACAUAAUAUCAGAAUAUAUUAUCAAGAAAAUCACCAGUUGGUAACUGAUGGAAUCUAUAGGUUCGUACGUCAUCCAGGGUAUUGUGGUUUUUUCAUUUGGGCAAUUGGAACUCAAAUCAUGCUCUGCAAUCCUAUUUGCAUUGUUGGAUUUACAUUUGUUACAUGGUGUUUCUUUUCAAGACGGAUACGCUAUGAAGAAUUCUUCUUGAGGCAGUUCUUUGGUCAACAAUAUGAGGUUUAUGCUCAGAAGGUUCCCUCAGGAUUGCCAUUUAUCAAAUGAACACCACAGGUGAACUCAGAUUGAGACAGAAUUCUGACGGUUGAUUGUUUCUGCUGCCUGAAUUUUUUUUAUGGUAGCAGUUACUUAAUGAAAGAUGGAGACUUCUGAUUCAGAAGCAUCGGACAGCAAACCUUUGCAGUUCAUAAGUGACUUGUAAAGAUUGAUGAGCAGUGAGGAAGUGGCUAUGCAUUGCUUACGCACAAUCAACAUAUGUAGCUAGCACAGUCUCGGGCAAUAAUUGGACUGAGUUUAGUGUCGAUUAGUAAAGUUGCCAGCUCCCCAAGGGAUGGGAAGAUAAAUUAGUUUCUGUUGCAGUUUUCCUCUCUCAGAACAGCUCCAUUAACCACUCGAUUGUGGAUAUCCUAUUUUUCCUCAGGCUUGGUGUUCUUUUAUUUUAACCUAGUUUUUGAAUGCUUGGGUUAUUUUCAUACUGAAAGCGGCCGUAUGAUGCUUGAAAGCUGAAAGUCUUGGUUCUAUUUUUGACUGUACUCCCUGCACUUUUCUUUAAUGUGAAAUUUGAUAUACAACAUAAGGUUUUGUAUCUCUUUGUUUGGUGAA